UUAAUUCUAUAACGUUGAAUUUGCCCACAAAACAUAAAUUAUAAGCACAAUUCCACGCCCUUCUCUUUCUCUUCAACUUCAAAAUAAAUAUCAAAAUUUUCAGAUCAUCAACUCCAUGGCUAAAGUGUAUCCUCGUCAAGCUCCAUCUGUUCCUCUCUACAUGACUUCAGGAAGGGAAACAUUUACCAUUUGGAUGAAAUCUCUUGUCUACCAGACAAAUGGUUGCACAGUUUAUAACUCAGGGGGCCAGAUUGUUUUUCGGGUUGAUAACUAUGAAGAAAAGUGUAGCAAUGAAGUCUAUCUCAUGGAUUUAGAAGGCAGGGUUCUCUAUACCAUUAGAAAAAAGGCUUUUGGACGAUGGAAUGGAUAUAGAUGGAGUGGUUGUGAUAUAGAAAAGGAAAAACCAUUGUUUCAAGUUAAAAAAAAACCAUUGUUUCAAGUUAAAAGAUCAUACUUUAUGGGAGACUCAGCUUGUGAAAUUAGUGUAGGUUCUGAUGAUAAGUAUUGGAUAGUGAGAGUUGCAGGAAAAACAGGUUUCAAAAUAGUAGACCACAAUGGAGGGAUUGUAGCAGAGGCAAAGCAAAAGCAGUCAUCUUCAGGGGUUGUGCUUGGAGAUGAUGUAUUGAGUUUGGAUGUGGAACCUGAUAAAGAUCAUUCCCUAAUAAUGGCACUUGUCACAGUCUAUGGAUUAAUCAGAGGGAAGAUGUAAAUAUUUAUUUUUACACAAACCAGAAAAUACUCUUCGAUCUAUUUUCACUUUUUAAGGCUAUUCUGGUCUAACAUAUCACUACUAGUUUUGAUUAAUUUGUAAAAAGUAAAUAUAAUCUGAGAUUACAGAAAGUUAGAAAAAAGGUAUAGAGAGCUUUCUUGUAGUUGAGGAGAAAAACUCCAAAUUGUCAAUUUUGUAAUUGAGUGAAUUGAGAGUUUCUUAACUUGUUUAUAAAACUUCUACAUACAUUGUCAAUUUUGCCUAACAAAAUUGUAAGCUAAUCAAAUUUAUAUAUUGAGU